CUUACUACUCAGACAGCUUAGUAUAACUUUCUCCAGAUAAUGCGCUUAUAAAUUCUGCAACACACUUGUACUUCUUCACAAAUCAAUCUCUGGAUACACUUCUCUCUGUUAUCUUCCAACUUUCUGCUUCAGGAUCUGAAUAUGAAGUUCAAUCUCAUACAUAUUGUUGCUUUCUUUACUAUUGCACUGGUGGCCAGCCAUGCUGCCAUACCUCCUGAACAGUACUGGAACUCUGUGCUACCUAACACUCCCAUGCCCAAAGCGAUCAGUGAUCUUCUGCGCCCAGACUAUGCAGAAGACAAAAGCACCUCUGUCAAUGUUGGAAAAGGAGGAGUUGGUGUCAAUUCUGGGAAAGGAAAGCCAGCAGGCGGCACGGGAGUGAAUGUAGGACCGGGAGGUGUUGGUGUCAACACAGGAAAGCCUGGUAAGAGGACAAAUGUUGGCGUUGGUAAAGGAGGAGUAUCUGUAAACACAGGGCCCAAGGGAAAGCCAGUAUAUGUUGGUGUAAAACCUGGGAAAAAUCCAUUCAUUUACCAAUAUGCUGCCACCGACAAUCAACUCCAUGAUGACCCAAAUGUAGCUCUUUUCUUCUUAGAAAAGGACAUGCAUCCUGGCACUACAAUGAAUUUGCAUUUCAAUGAAAACACAAACAAGGCCACCAUCUUGCCUCGCCAAGUUGCUAAUUCAAUACCCUUUUCAUCAAACAAGUUGCCAGAAAUUUUCAACCAUUUUUCAGUUAAACCAGGGUCAGUGGAAGCUGAAAUAAUCCAAGACACAGUCAAAGAGUGUGAAAGUCCUGGAAUUAAAGGGGAGGAUAAAUAUUGUGCUACUUCACUGGAAUCGAUGAUCGACUUCACCCGUACCAGGCUCGGAAAGAAUACUCAGGCAAUCUCUACAGAGGUGGACGGGCAAACCCAAUUUCAAAGGUACAAAAUUACAGCAGGAGUAACAAAGAUGAGGGGUGACAAGUCUGUUGUGUGUCAUAAGAAAAAUUAUGCAUAUGCUGUCUUCUACUGCCAUGCUACACAAACAACAAAUGCUUACGUUGUUCCUUUAGAGGGUGCUGAUGGGAUGAAAGUUAAUGCAGUAGCAGUAUGCCACAAAGAUACCUCGGCAUGGAACCCAAAGCAUUUGGCUUUUCAAGUGCUCAAAGUUAUGCCAGGAACAGUUCCCAUUUGCCACUUCCUUCCUCAGGAUCAUAUUGUCUGGGUUUCCAAGUAGCCAUCUGCAGCAGCUUCAAACACUGUUACAUCCAUCUGCUUAAUAAUAUACCCAAAAAGCUCCCAGGAUUUGACGCUAUUAUAGUAUUUCUAUUCAUAAAUAUACUAUGUUUCAUGCUUCUGUACUAGUGGUUGAUGCAUCAUAUGUUCAGUUAUAAUACUAUUUCCGUUCAUAUCAGUUA